AUGACAAUCACAAUUACCCAACAGUACGAAUGUCUGUAUCUAUAUGGGCCCCACAUGCUUGAGCAGAUGAGAUCUGGUAAUAGGGCCCUCCGGUUUCCUCGCGACUCGGACAGAGUAUACUAUACUAAUCAAGCGGGCGGAGCUGAGGGUUUGAGCUCCUCACGAUGGCAUGCCAGGUUACAUCUCCCAGUCCCACAGUUGAUCACCCCGCUGAUAGAUACCAAUCCACAGUAUUUCCAUUCGCCCUACUAUACUAUACAUUUAUCUGUCAACAUCAAACAUCCAAAACAAUCUAAUGCCUACAACCGCAUCCCACCAGCCGCCGAGACCCGCCUUGGGGAUUUAGGAAAGGAAUAUACGAAGCGUCACAAAAAUUGCAAUAAUUCCCGCGCGGAUGUCAGCCGUAAAAAGAAAAGCCAACGCCAUUCCCGUAUACUCGCUAUUCAAAAGUAUGUAGGGAAAAAAAUAAAAAAUAAACACUAGUGAAAUGAAAACACAUGCUAAGAUAUAUCGUUCCAAAGCUUUGGUGAAAGUUCCGGCGGAAAGUGUGUAA